CUCACAACCCCCACAUCAUCAUCGCCAUCACCGAACGUUGCAACUCGCCCAUUGUACCUGGCGACUGCUGCCGUAUCUACCUUUUGCUGAUCUUGACACCUGAAUUGCGUGCCAAGCGGCGCUUCACAAAUUGCCAUGGCUAACCAAACUCCCGCCGUUGUCAUGGACAACGGUACCGGCUUUUCUAAGCUUGGUUUUGCCGGUAACGACUCGCCUUCCUUCGUCUUCCCGACCGCAAUCGCUACAAAAGCCCCUGCUGGUGGCAGUGGGGGAACAGGAUCUGGCCGACCGGCAGUUGCUAAUAAGCCAUCAUUCUUGACUGGCGGCGCCGGCCCUUCUGGCCAUCUCAGCUCUAAGCGAGGAACCGAGGACCUCGAUUUCUUCAUUGGCGACGAGGCGCUAUCUGCAGCGUCCGGUCCAGGUUACGGCAUUCAUUAUCCUAUUCGCCACGGUCAAAUUGAAAACUGGGACCACAUGGAACGUUUCUGGUCGAACUCCAUUUUUAAGUACCUCCGCGUUGAGCCCGAAGACCACUACUUCUUGCUCACUGAACCCCCUUUGAACCCCCCCGAGAACCGCGAAAACACCGCCGAAAUCUUCUUCGAAUCCUUCAACUGUGCUGGCAUGUACAUUGCAGUUCAGGCCGUCUUGGCUUUGGCUGCCUCGUGGACUUCUUCCAAGGUUACCGACCGAUCACUUACGGGUACAGUUAUUGACUCGGGUGAUGGUGUUACUCACGUCAUUCCUGUUGCUGAAGGUUACGUCAUUGGCUCUUCCAUUAAGUCUAUCCCAAUUGCCGGCCGCGACAUCACCUACUUUAUCCAGUCCAUGCUUCGCGACCGCGGCGAGGCCGACUCAUCGUUGAAGACUGCUCAAGAGAUCAAGGAGGAGCACUGCUAUGUCUGCCCUGAUAUUGUAAAGGAAUUCGCCCGCUACGAUCGCGACAGAAGCCGAUUCGCCAAACAUGUUGUCAGCCAGCCCGGUGGUCGCCAGGUUAGCGUAGAUGUUGGCUAUGAAAGAUUCCUUGCUCCCGAAGUAUUUUUCAACCCCGAAAUAUUCAGCUCAGACUUCCUUACUCCACUGCCUGUUGUUGUCGACGGCGUGAUUCAGCAAUCGCCAAUUGACGUUCGACGUGGUCUCUACAAGAACAUUGUUCUCUCUGGUGGUAGCACGUUAUACAAGGAUUUCGGUAGAAGACUCCAGCGAGAUAUCAAGAACUUGGUGGACGACAGAAUCCGCGCCAGCGAAGCUCGCAGUGGAGGUGCUCGCAGUGGCGGUCUUGACGUCCAGGUCAUCACUCACAAGAGACAGCGCCACGGCCCGUGGUUCGGUGGUAGCUUGCUCGGCCAGACACCGGAAUUCCGUUCCUACUGUCACACAAAGGCGGAGUACCAAGAGUACGGUCCCAGCAUCGUGCGACGAUUUGCUCUUUUGGGCGGCCCUGGUGGCUCAUGAGUAUGAUAGAAGAAUCUCCCAGUUUUGUUAUCAAAUAAGCGUACAGCUAAUGCCAACGGAAAAAAUGUCGACAACGUUGGGUGGAGAGCAUCUUAGAUCAGGUAGUUGGUUUCAGCAGCAAUUGAAUUCUAGUUUAAACCAUAUCCGACUUUCG